UGUAAAUGCGAUGUAAUGGUAAACAAGUAAUAAUACAAAUCGUAAGUGUUGAGUCCGUAAUCUGUUAUCAUUUGAAUGAGCGAUCUUGCGAAUAAGUCAUAGGAGCCUCUCUGUCCUCAUCGCAUAAAGCGCGAACCAGUAUUCCCAAGUCUACAUUCCAAACGGCUGCAAUUAUUACCAGCAGAACACAUCAAAAAUGGGGAGCCUGGUGGAGCUGCUAUCGAGUUUCGGCUCGCCAUCGCUAAAUUCGGUCCUAAUUGUUGCGAGCGUGGGGCUGUUGGCGUGGUACUACCUGGAAGACAAGGUUGCCUACUGGUCGAAGCGCGGAGUGCCCAACGUCCCAGCCUCGAAGUGCAUCGCGCAGACUCUUACCUUUCUCGCUGGACGAAAAACGAUGAACGAAAUUUUCAAAGAGCAGUACCAACUCCUAGAAGGGCAAAAGUACGGAGGCACUUUCCAGGGACUUUAUCCGUCAAUCCUCGUGCGAGACCCGGCUAUGAUCAAGGAGUGGCUCGUCAAGAGCUUCUCGAGUUUCCAUGACAGGGCGCCCGAACCAGACGAAAACGUUGACAAACUUGCGGGGAACCUCUUCCAACUCACCGGGGACAGGUGGCGAACGGUACGGCACAAAUUGUCACCAGCGUUCAGUUCGGCCAAGCUGAAAAUCAUGUACGAGACGCUGAAAGACUGUGCCGAAGAGUGCAAUGCCCACUUGGAGGCGCGGUGCGCGAGCAAGGGUGAAACAGAGAUCGACAUCAAGGACUUCGUAAGCAACUAUACAAUGGACGUUAUAGGAGCCUGUGCCAUGGGUAUCAAGUGCAACGCAGUCCGAGAUCCGGAAAACUGCGAGAUGAAGAAGGUAGUGAAAGAGAUGUUCGCAGUUGGCUGGCGAUCAAUCCUCUUUCAAUUGUUGGAGAUGAUCCAUCCCAAACUUCCGGAGUUGCUCAGGAUUGUGCCGAGGCAGCCGGCAGUAGAACAAUUCCUCAUGACUAUCACCAAGAACGCGAUGGAGAUGAAAACAAAGGCCGGGCAAUCCACCAGGAAGGACUUCCUCCAGAUCCUCAUGAACAUCAGCAGCUCCGAGAGCGACGUUACUCGGGACUCCAACGAGGACCUUUCGGUCUUGGAGGGCGGUGUCGUCCAUGAAGGUCCUAUAUUUACGGAGAAUAUAAUAGCCGGAGUAGUCACAUCAUUCCUUUUCGCUGGUCUUGAGCCCGUGUCUGCCAUCACCACAUUUUGUCUCUACGAGUUGGUCCGUCAUCCUGAGAUGCAAGAGAGACUUUUCCAAGAGAUCCAAAGCGCCAGGAAGGAAUCAUGCGGCGAAAUUAAGUACGAAGAUCUCAAGAAGCUCCGCUAUUUGGACCAAGUUGUUAAUGAGACUUUCCGAAAGUAUCCAGUUGCUAGCAUCCUUGCUAGAAACUGCACAGAGAAUGUUCAAAUCUCGGGUGAGUCUGUUGUUGUGGAGAAGGGCGUCAAGGUCUUCAUCUCGACGUAUGCUCUCCAUCGUGACCCGACUUUCUUCCCUGACCCCGAUAAGUUCGACCCUGAACGAUUUUCCGAGGAAAAUGUUGAUAAAAUCAUUCCUGGAUCAUACCUACCUUUCGGCGAUGGACCUAGAUUCUGCAUCGCUCAACGAUUGGCGCUGAUGGACGUGAAAACUAUGGUGAUCACCUUGGUGUCCGGUUACACGCUUCACACUUGUUCAAAAACCGUUGAUCACAUCGAAAUGGACCCAAAAGCGUUUACCCUGAACCCAAAAGGCUCAGUAUGGCUUCGACUCAAAAAGAGAAUUUAAAGCGAUAAAGGAGCUUGGAAUUGUCGACAGUUGCGAUGAGGUUGGGACGAGAUCGACGCCAAAAAUUGAGUUACCUAUAAGUUACCUAUAUUAUACGCGCAUAUAGAGAAGAAGGACUCUGACGAAAGUGCAAUAGUUUGAACAAACUGUUUCAAAUGAUAAGUCUAUGUUUUAAUAUACAUAAAUGUUUUUAAUUAUAAUAUAUUUGAUAAAGCUAUAAAGUAAUAUAUUUUCUUCAAGUA